UGACGGACGUGAGUUAGCAAUUGAAGAAGAUGAUGCUCGAUAGAAAUGCCAGGCAACUGACGUUGAUCUUGACCGUGGUCUCCGUGGCCUCCGCCAACAAUCUGUGGCCAUCGUGCUCCGGGAAAACUAUGAUGAGAUCCACAGAUUUAUCCUGCGAAGAGAAACAGACUAUCUUAGACGAGCAUAAUCGCUUGAGACAACUAGUGGCUCUGGGCCAGAUCAAUGGACAACCCAGUGCUGCCAAUAUGAGAGAAAUGAUCUGGGACGACGAAUUGGCUGCCAUGGCGCAGAGGUGGACGAAUCGGUGCGCUGAGAUCCAUGACGAUCUCAGGAAUGUUCGCAGGUUCUCUGUGGGACAAAAUAUGGCUCGAGCAUGGACAACGAGGCCCCCGGGACCGUACGAUGACCAGCCAAACUGGCGCCAGAUGAUCAACGGUUGGUUCGACGAGGUACAUCACUAUCAAACAGGCUAUAGCGAUGCCACCGGCCAUUACACUCAGCUCGUCUGGGGUGACACAUAUCUGGUGGGCUGUGGCUACUCCUUCUAUUACGAUCCUGCCCGGGGCUACACCAAAAACUACGUCUGUAACUAUGGGCCCAGCGGGAACGUGAUCGGCUUUGAACCGUAUCAAUCGGGCCAGCCUGCCUGUGGCAAUUACGGGAUGCUUUAUUCAAAUCGAUACGCUGGCCUUUGUUCUGCGGAACACUACUACUAUCUGGGAGCACUGUGCAGUUAUGGUUAAUGAUUUUCAUAUUCACGUGCAGAAACAGACAAGUGAUUCAAUUGGUUUUUCAAGGACCACGCGUCGUGAAAGCCGAUCGAUAGAUCGUU